AGCAACAGCUGGAGCUGGAUGUGACGUGGCGUACAGGCUAUAGGCAGCUCGGAAGCUCUUGAAGGUUUACUUAGGGUGUGGAUGUUUCAAUCUCCCGUCACUUCUGAUUACACUGACUGACAACAGUUGUAUCUGAAGCAGAGUGAAACGUCAAGGAGCGAGCUUUCGAAGAAGAACUCUUUUUUAUGUGUACUUUUUUUUUUUUGGAAAAUUAUAGUACAGUAUGGGCCUUACUAUCUCAGCGCUGUUCUCUCGCCUUUUUGGUAAAAAGCAGAUGAGGAUUCUCAUGGUUGGUUUGGAUGCUGCUGGUAAGACAACAAUUCUGUAUAAACUGAAGUUAGGAGAAAUUGUAACAACAAUCCCAACUAUUGGUUUUAAUGUGGAGACCGUGGAGUACAAGAACAUUUGUUUCACGGUGUGGGAUGUUGGUGGACAGGACAAAAUCAGACCUUUGUGGAGACAUUAUUUUCAAAAUACUCAGUGGUAUGUUCAAGCUACCUGUGCGACACAAGGAACAGGCCUGUAUGAAGGACUCGACUGGUUGUCAAACCAACUGGCUGGAAGCAGUUAAAUGGGCUGAAGAGUUUUUCCCAAUUUAUUUAACUAAGGACUUGCAGUUGGUCAAGAUGUUAAAGAUGAGUUUACAUUUGGAUUAUUGUACAUCUGGAACUGAGAUUUCUAUCAACAAAUUGCAGGCAUUUUAAUCUUCCAGUGCUGCCAACAUUUGUAUACCUGGCUACCUGUUGCGUUUGUAGCAAUAUGGUAACUAUCUUCGUAAUCCAAAACAAAAAGUGCAGUCUCUUAUACUUUGUAGAAAAUCUUAUUGGGUUGGUUUAUUGUAAUUGUUUUAUUAUUCCCAGAUAAAUUAUGCUGAGCAGUGCAUAAACAGCAUCUUCAUUCCAUGUGAACAGUGGUGCCUGAUGUCAUUCCAGUCUGCUAAAAAGCUAAUUAAAACAUCAUAGCAGUAUUUCAUUUGAAAGGAAAACUGUGUAUGCUGAUCAGAAGCAUGCAUUCUGAGAGACAGUACUGUCCUUCAUUGAUGCGCAUUUUCAUUAACUCGUUUUCUGUUAUUCUGAGAUUGACUGUGUAUAUAGUAGGUAUAUCCAGCAAAAACUGGUCAGAGGUUGUUUGUUUUAAAAUAUUUUAUUUUCUUAAAAUGUAAUUUUUAUGUUACAUAUUGCUUUUUGGUAUCAGACUUUUGGCAUCCAUUGUAUUAUAUGUGUAUAGUACUGAUUUUUUAUUGUUUGGGAUGAAAGUCUUUAUGAAGAAGACAGUAAAAUUAUUCUUUCUGGUCCAGCUUGGCAUUGAAAUUCCUAAUAAAACCUUUUCUUUUCACA